AUGUGUAACUUGAUAACUGACGAAGAAGUGGAGAAUUUCAUUUUGAAAUUCCUCACGAAGCAGAAAUGGGAGGAAUUAGGCGAUAUAGUGAAGACCCGCUACCGAAAUAUGACGAGGAAUUAUUUAAGCGUGCCUAAGGAUCAAAAUAUCAUGCCUCUACCUGAUUACAUAUGUAAGCCUGCGUACAAUAAACCAAAUCUUCACCCUAAAUCGACGGUUAAAGCAAGAAAUGUAGAGUCGGUAGAAAAAGUUGAACCGAAAGUCCCAAUUCGCAAAAAUCCAAAAAGAAACGUGACACAAGUUAACUAUUACGAAGAAGCAGAACCUGGAGAGGACAGAUACGUAUUUUGCGACAACUGCGGGGAGGAAUACUUAGACUACUGCUCCAAGUGUGGCGUGUUGAAGUCCUUGCUGGACUUCCCGGUACCUUUAGGGACGGAGGAUAGGGCCAAGAAGACGGCGCCCAAGGGAGUUUUGGAAGUUCGUCCGUCCAAAGUUCACGGUUUUGGGGUGUUUGCUAGCAGACAUGUUAGAAAGGGCAUCCAGAUGGGCCCCUACCAAGGAGAGAUUACCAGAGUGGAUACCACCAAUGGGUACUGUUGGAAGUUGAGGGAUGGCAGAUUGAUCGACGGUGCCGACGAGACGCGCUCCAACUGGCUGAGGUACGUCAACUGCGCGAAAAAUGUGGCGGAGCAGAACGUCAUAGCCUUCCAGUACAACGGUCAGAUCUACUACAGGACUUGCAGGGACGUGGAGAAGGGCGAGGAGCUGCUCGUGUACUACGGCAAGAGUUUCGCCGAGGUCCUGGGCAUCAACACGAAGAAAUACUUCGAGCCGAAUAGCGAGGAGGUGGACAGCGAGUACUACUGUUGCGAGUUCUGCAAGGUGGGACUGAGCACUAGGGCGUACAGGGACACGCACGAGAAGUACUGCAGGUUCAGACCGAACAGGAUGGUGUUGUGUUCCAAGGACGACAACUUCGUGUGUCAGUUUUGCGAGUGUACGCUGACCAAGGAUGAGUUUUUGAAGAAGCAUGAAGUGUAUUGCAGGAAGAACCCGAAACG